AGAAAUGCUCACUAGGUUCUCACUCUCCUCACACUCCACCGCUACAUUUCACUCCCUCUCUAAACUUCCGAUCGAGCGACAUUUAUCUCUCGAUCGGUUUUCGAAUCUCCUCCGGCUAAGUUCAAAUUCGCUAAGGGAAAAUGAGAGAAAUCCUCCAUGUUCAAGGUGGGCAGUGCGGAAACCAGAUUGGUUCCAAAUUCUGGGAAGUUGUCUGUGAUGAACAUGGCAUAGACCCAACAGGACGCUACUGUGGGACUUCUGAUUUGCAGUUGGAGCGUGUCAAUGUGUAUUACAAUGAGGCUUCCUGUGGAAGGUUUGUCCCUCGUGCAGUGCUCAUGGAUCUGGAGCCUGGCACAAUGGAUAGUGUUAGGACUGGCCCUUACGGCCAGAUCUUCAGGCCCGACAACUUUGUGUUUGGUCAGUCCGGUGCUGGAAACAACUGGGCUAAAGGGCAUUACACCGAGGGUGCAGAGCUUAUUGAUUCAGUUCUUGAUGUUGUGAGGAAGGAGGCUGAGAAUUGUGACUGCCUCCAAGGGUUCCAGGUCUGCCACUCUCUUGGUGGUGGAACGGGUUCUGGUAUGGGAACAUUGCUGAUCUCAAAGAUCCGGGAGGAAUACCCUGACAGAAUGAUGCUCACAUUCUCUGUAUUCCCAUCACCCAAGGUUUCAGAUACAGUGGUUGAACCAUAUAAUGCCACACUCUCGGUGCAUCAGCUUGUAGAGAAUGCUGAUGAGUGCAUGGUGCUUGACAAUGAAGCUUUAUAUGACAUAUGUUUCAGGACUCUGAAACUCACCACUCCCAGCUUUGGUGAUCUGAAUCACUUGAUUUCUGCAACAAUGAGUGGGGUGACCUGCUGCCUCAGGUUCCCUGGACAGCUCAACUCUGAUCUCCGGAAGCUUGCUGUCAACUUGAUUCCCUUCCCUCGUUUGCACUUCUUUAUGGUGGGUUUUGCUCCUCUCACUUCUCGAGGAUCCCAGCAAUACCGUGCCCUUACAGUUCCUGAGCUUACCCAGCAAAUGUGGGAUGCCAAGAACAUGAUGUGUGCUGCUGAUCCUCGCCAUGGACGUUAUCUCACUGCCUCGGCGAUGUUCAGGGGCAAAAUGAGCACCAAGGAAGUGGAUGAACAAAUGAUCAAUGUGCAAAACAAGAACUCCUCUUACUUUGUUGAGUGGAUUCCAAACAAUGUGAAGUCGAGUGUGUGUGAUAUUCCUCCUAGAGGUCUCUCAAUGGCAUCUACCUUUGUUGGCAACUCUACAUCCAUUCAGGAAAUGUUCAGGAGGGUUAGUGAGCAGUUCACUGCCAUGUUCAGGAGAAAGGCUUUCUUGCAUUGGUACACUGGCGAGGGAAUGGAUGAGAUGGAGUUCACUGAAGCUGAGAGCAAUAUGAAUGAUCUUGUUUCAGAGUACCAGCAGUACCAGGAUGCCACUGCUGAUGAGGAAUGUGAGUACGAGGAGGAAGAGGAAGAAGCUUGUUGAUCACUGAUGAUAAGGAAGGCAAUAGUUAAAAAGCUCGCUCUUAUCCUAUGUGAUGUUACAUGUAUUGUUUCUCUUAUUUGUGUUGACUUAAAUAUGUCCCCUGUAUUUGGAUGGUUCUUCCAGUCUGUUUCUGUAGUAGCCAUGCCUAGAUGUGGAGGAGAGUGGAUGUUUUGGGUAGGUGUGGAGUUGUUCCUUCUGUCCAUUUAAAUGCCGUAUUUGAUGAUACUGAGUAUGUUGUUAUUUGGAUUGUGUACUUCAAAAUCUUCUGUUAUGGCAUUGAAUUUCUCCAUUUUCUUUUCAAAAA